GUACGUUGGUUCCUUUUAAGGUCAGAGGUCACUGAAUGCGGAAGUGACAUAUAGUUUGGCUUUUCUCUCUCAUUAUUCUCCACAGAAUCUGGCUCUUCACAAAUCAACACAAUACGUGUGUUGUUGUUUUUUUUUCUCCGGAAGCUAACUGAUGUUAGCUUCCCAUCAUGGCUUCAGCAACAAUGACCACCAUCGUCCAUGACACUACAGAGGCAGUGUGCCUCUCCUCCGAGUACAACCUGUACCUCAAGCCCAUUGCCAAAAUGACUAUCAGCGUGGCUCUGCCCCAGCUCAAGCUUCCAGGCAAGAGCAUCUCCAACUGGGAGGUGAUGGAGAGGGUAAAGGCCAUGGUCACUCCUGAGCAGUUUUCAGCCCUGCGAAUUUCCAAGAGCACCAUGGACUUCAUUCGCUUUGAGGGCGAGGUGGAAAACAAGACGGUAGUCAAGAGCCUGCUGAGCCGUCUGGAUGGGAAGAGCAUCAAACUUAGUGGAUUUACCGACGUACUUAAGGUUCGUGCGGUAGAGAACAAGGUGGACUUCCCCACACGUCACGACUGGGACUCCUUCUUCCGCGAUGCCAAGGACAUGAACGAGACUGUGCCGGGAGAGAGGCCUGACACCAUCCACCUAGAGGGACUUCCCUGCCGCUGGUUUAGUCAGAAGGACAGCCAGUUCCCAGACCGGCCCUCCGAAGAGGUCCUUAUUGCGGUCUUCCAGACAUUUGGCAAGGUGCGAAAUGUUGACAUCCCCAUGCUGGACCCGUACCGUGAAGAGAUGCUGGACAAGAACUUCAACACAUUCAGUUUUGGGGGGCAUUUGAACUUCGAGGCUUAUGUCCAGUACCAGGAGUACUGUGGCUUCACCAAGGCAAUGGACACUCUGCGCAGCAUGAAGCUGAUGCUGAAAGGAGACGAUGGCAAGGCAGUGGCCUGCAACAUCAAGGUGGCUUUCGACACCAGCAAACACUUGAGCGAGUUGGCUCUGAAGAGGAGGAGCAUGGAGAGGCUGAAGUUACAGGAGCUAGAGAGGCAGAGAGAGGAGCAGAAACGACGGGAGAAGGAAGAGGAGGAGCGACGUAAGGAGGAGGAGAGGAAACUGAGGGAGCAGGAAGAGGAGGAGAAGGAGAGGAGGAAGGAGGAGAGGAUCCGGAAGCGAGAACAAAAGUUGCGGGAGAGAGAAGAGAGGAGGAACCUGAAGAGAGUGAGGCGACAGCAGGAAGAGGAGCAGAAGAAGCUGCAGAUGAAGAUCGCCAUGGAGGAGAGGAGGCUGCUGCUGGCUCAGCGCAACCUGGAAUCGAUUCGGCUCAUCGCUGAGCUGCUGGCUAGAGCCAAGCAGGUGAGCUGCAUGUGGAGGAAGCAUGUUGUUAAACAUGAAGUGAGUCACAACCAACGUGCACCGAACAACAUCGCAACAACCAGGUGCACUUACAAGGCCAUUAAGCAGCAGCAGCAAGAAAAGGAGAAGGCAGAACGGGAGGAGCGGGAAAAGCAGGAGCAGUCUCGGCAGAAGGAGGAACUGGCUCGACUUCAGCAGCUGGAGGCCUGCCGGCGCAAGCAGGAGGAGGAGCUCCGGAGGGUGGAGGUGGAGAAGGAGCGUGCACUGGAGCUCCAGCGCAGAGAGAAGGAGCUUAGGGAGAGACUGCUUUGUAAUCUGUUGAAGAAGGGCAGCAGUAAGGCUUCAAGACCUCCAGGCAAGGAGGAGCACACUGGUCCUGGUGAGGAGGCCUCUGAUCCCGGUGUCAAUGAUGUGAUGUUGGGGGUCCUGGGCCGGGUUAAUGGAGUCAAAGCCAUUGAGAGCAAAGAGAAGCAGGUGUCCAAAUCUAGCGUUCACUCCCAAAGUUUGGGUAGAAACAGAGCAGGAGAGGAGAGGAGGGGAGGGGAGGACAGGAAGAAAGACCGGGAGGGAAGGAGGGAAGAGGGGGCGAAGAGCAGGCACAGCAGGGAGCGAGCGAGGGACCGGGAACGCUCCCACAGAGAGAGGAGCCCCUAUAGCCACGGGAGGAGGAGGCGCUCCCACAGCCACAGCAGGAGGAGAAGGAGCUCUAGCCACCACAGGAGGAGCUCCAGUCGUCACAGGCGUAGCUCCAGUCACCACAGCAGAAGGAGGCGCAGCCACUGCAGCAGGAGUAUGAGCUCCAGCCGGGACAGGAGCCGUAGCAGCAGCGGGAGGAGCCACAGCAGGGGGAGGAGCCACAGGCACAGUCACCGCAGGCCCAGCAGGGGCAGCUCCAGGAGCAGCAACAGGAGCAGAGACAGGAGGAGUCACAGUCAUUACAGCCGGAGGUGCAGGAGACACAGCAACAGUAGAGACAGGAGUCACUCCAGACGACGAUGACCUCAUCAAUCUGAUCGGUUUAUUGGUUGAUUUAUUCCCCCUCCCGGGUUCGCACAUACAGUUUAUUGAGUUACAUCACAAUGCGAGAUAUUUAAAAACGUUGAUAAGAAAUACAUUAAAAUCAUUGAAGGAACUCAGAAGAAUUACCUUAAAUCACAUUUUAAAGUGUGUUAUGUAUGUGUACGGCAUGUAAAUGAUGCAGUUGAUUCUAUCGAGUUGAUUUAAACAAUCUUUGGGUUUUUUUCUUUCACAUUUCAUAUUGUUGGAUUGUAGCUCCUGACAGCUGUUAAUUUGUGGCAUAAAACUCUAGAAUAUUGCUCUUUGUCAUGUGUGAAAGACAUUGAAUGCAACAUUUGGCCCACAUUAAAGGAGCACCAUGUGGUUUUGGGGAAGAAAUUUUAAGAAAGAUCUUCAUUUUUACUGUUUUUAUUUUUAUGCCUGAACAAACUUAAUAAACAAACUGACCUUUAAAGGCCAACACAACUUCA